AAAAUUUUCAAGCACCGAAAUCGUUCUCUCGCUAUACGCUUCUGGAAUAAGCAGCCUUUCUUUUGACAGAUGUUAUAAGAUGGUGUUUGAAUUGAACUUCUGUUUCUUAUCUUUGAAAUAAUUGUUAUGGCAGAAACGGAAACAGCAACAAUACAGCUUAUAAAUCAUCAAGAUUAAUUAUAUAAAGAAUAGAAGUUUAACAAUUCCUGUUUGUUAGCCAAUACGGUUAAGGUUAAAUAUAUGCAGUUACCGCUCUGCUUUUCGACAAGGCUGCAGAUCUCAUCAAACUCAAUGAUUGAGAAAAAAGACUAUUAUGUAAUGCAAUAAAAGCAAGUAGUCCUCUGAAAAAAAUUUUGAAAAUAUUCUGUCGAUUCUUGUAAAAUAUAUAUCAUGCACAAGCAGCAUAUCUAAUAGAUACCUUUGCCAAUAAUAGUUUUUUUAUGUUUUAACUAGAUAAAAAUCACGCAGAUCCAAUUUUUUUUUGCAAAAGAUUUUUUAAGAAGCACACUUUAAUAAGGCAUGUGAAAGAAAAGACAAUCUAUGGAUCAUACAAUAUAAAAAAUUUUCUAAUCUAUGCACUCAAAUUUGGAGUAUAUGCAAGCUUACGAAAGAAUUCUGCAAAAUGUGUAGUGAAGUCUUUUCUUCGCAGGAAUAUAUGAUACCACAAAUCUUGACGGAUAUUAAAGAGAAACCAUUUGUUUGUGAUGUGUGCAACAGAGGGUUCUCUUUUCGAGGAAGUUUAAAGAGACAUUUAAGGACGCAUACGAAAGAUAAUCUGUGUGCUUGUAAUGUGUGUUAUAAAACAUUUUCUGUGUUAGGAAGUUUAAAGGACCAUUUACGGACGCAUACAAAAGAGAAACCGUAUGUUUGUGAGAUUUGCAGUAAAGCUUUUUAUCGAAAAGGAAAUUUAACGGCCCAUUUACGGACGCACACGAAAGAGAAACCGUACAUUUGUGAGAUAUGCAGUAAAACAUUUUCUCAACGAUCAAAUUUAAAGACACAUUUACGGACGCAUACGAAAGAGAAACCGUAUGUUUGUGAGAUUUGCAGUAAAGCUUUUUCUCAAAAAGGUGAACUAAAGAACCAUUUAUGUAUGCAUAAGAAAGAGAAACCAUAUAUUUGUGAGAUAUGCAAUAAAGCGUGUUCUCAAAGAAGAAGUUUAAAGAUACAUUUAAGGACGCAUACGAAUGAGAAACCAUAUAUUUGUGAGGUAUGCAACAAAGCGUUUACUCUAAGAGGAAGUUUAAAGAUACAUUUAAGGACGCAUACGAAUGAGAAACCAUAUAUUUGUGAGGUAUGCAACAAAGCGUUUACUGUAAUAGAAAGUUUAAAGAUACAUAUAAGGACACAUACGAAAGAGAAACCUUAUAUUUGUGAGAUAUGCAAUAAAGCGUUUCCUGGACGAAGACACUUAAUGAUACAUUUAAGAACGCACACGAAUGAGAAACCGUAUGUUUGUGAGAUAUGCAGUAAAGCGUUUUAUGUGCCAGGAAAUUUAAAAACACAUUUACGGACGCAUACAAAAGAGAACCCGCACGUUUGAAAUUUAUGCAAUAAAACUUUUUCUAGUGGA